CUGCCUGAAAGUUGUACGUUUAUUUUUCUUCCUUCCAUUUUCUGCUUUUUUUCAGGUUUCAUCGCUGUCUUGGUGGCAUGCUGCCUUUCUGGAUUUGCUGGUAUCUAUUUUGAGAAGAUUCUGAAAGGAUCCGAUGUAUCUAUUUGGAUUCGAAACAUCCAAUUAGCACUUCCAUCCAUCUUCUUCGCCUUGCUGUUUGCCUUUGUCAAAGACAACAAUGAGAUCUUUGCCGAUGGUAUUGCCUUAGCAGCCGUGUGGCGUCGCAUGCUCUUUGGGUUCGACUGGGCUGUAUGGGUGACGAUCGCGAUUUCGGCGUUCGGAGGUCUCGUUGUCGCCGUGGUCAUCAAAUUUGCCGACAAUAUCUUGAAAGCGUUUGCAACCUCAUUCGCUAUUGUAUUGAAUUGCAUUCUGGCAUAUUUUCUCUUCAACUUCCGACCGACGAUGUUCUUCGUGGUCGGCGCCUGCUUCGUCAUCGGAGCUGUAUUUGUCUACAGUAUCUACCCAUAUCGGGUUCGUCGUGAGCCUCAACCAACUUCCGAGGAGAUGGCAUCAUUGAAGGAGAGCAACGAAAAGGAGGCAGUUUAG